AAACAGGACUGUGAAGAAGAUUGGUACUUCCCUUCGAUGAAUAUUUUCGUGAAUAAGAAUAAUCGACCAUGGUCAAUACUUCUGUUCAUUACAUAUAUCAUCUUCACAUUUUAUACUAUGAAUUUAGCACUAACUUCUGUGUGCACACCGAAAGUAUACUUCGACUGGUUUCUGCUUCCAAACGAUUGCUCAUAUAUUUAUGAUGCCUACAGCAGAGCCUGGGUAUUUGUUGGUGGACUUUUCUGGCUGAUCAGUUCUCUCACACCUUUCAGCCUUUUAAUUCAUGAAAUCGCAGUUUUCAUAUGCAGUCGUCUGCAAAAAUGGUGA